AAUCGAGCGGGGCAAGCAUCUUGUAACUUCACGGUGCGUGUGAUUCAAGGGCCAUCCGAAAAGGUCGCAGGCUCUUAUUCGCCAGCGGCUCCAGUUCCUUUAAUGAUGGUAGCCGUGUUAGCCGGUGGUGUAUUUUGUUUUGUCAUCGUAGCAGUAGUAUGUAUAAUUAGCUGUCGGUUUAUGUGUUCGAGCCGAAAAACCACUAGAAGUGGUAAAUCCAAUUCAUCUGCUGGAGCUAGUGGUUCUCAAGAAACGAAAUCGACCUCGGACAUAAGACAAUCCGAUUCCAUCAAUUUAACCGUUUCUUCGGUAGCUGAUGGCAAAUUGUCAUCUACCGAAGACAUAAGUGUAUAUGAAUAUGAAGCAAACAAUUUACCAGCUCCUACUUACGAGGUACAAGAAGUUCUUCACGUAGCCGGUUACGACGUUUAUCAACCAUCGGCCUCUCCGAACUGUAAUACUUUAGAAGCCAAUCCAGAUCUUAUAAGCGACGCGUCCACGGUAGUGAAAGACAAUGGCAAUCACCAUCGCGAAACAACUGGAGAAGUCUAUAAACUAGCGUUAACUCAACCGUCCACGGUUUGCCACACAGAUUAUUGGUCACCGAAUAAUGUGUACCCCAUGAUGACCACAGUCAGCGAAGGGUACGACUUUCAGCAGCUUUCACCGAGUAAGCUAAUGACUAGUGGGCCGUAUCCACCAGACUACGGCUUACCGAAGAUACCUAUAGCUGUCGGUGCUAUGGCGUAUCCACCGGACUACGGUCUACCGAAAAUUUCACCUUAUCCACCACCACCCGCAUUAUACCGAACAUUACCAUACCGGCGGAACGCGGCUAAGCCACAGGGCCGGUCAUGCCAAGAAGCCGAAUUCGUACUUGUGCAACAUAGGAAUCAUCAUCAUCAC